CUGGGCGCAGGGGACCGGGCGGACGGCGAGGAGCGCGGCAUGGAGCGCCGGGCAGUCCGCGCCUGCCUCGCGCUGCUGUGGGGCUGCGCGCUGGCCUCGGCGGCACAGGGCAAGGAAGUUGUACUGUUGGACUUUGCUGCAGCUAAAGGCGAACUCGGCUGGCUCACACACCCAUAUGGCAAAGGGUGGGACCUGAUGCAGAACAUCAUGGAUGACAUGCCCAUCUACAUGUACUCCGUGUGCAACGUGGUGGCCGGUGACCAGGACAACUGGCUCCGUACCAACUGGGUGUACCGUGGCGAGGCGGAGCGCAUCUUCAUUGAGCUCAAGUUCACCGUGCGUGACUGCAACAGCUUCCCUGGUGGUGCCAGCUCCUGCAAGGAGACCUUCAACCUCUACUAUGCUGAAUCGGAUGUGGAUUAUGGCACCAAUUUCCAGAAGCGCCAGUUCACCAAGAUUGACACUAUCGCACCUGACGAGAUCACCGUCAGCAGUGACUUUGAGGCGCGCCAUGUGAAGUUGAACGUGGAGGAGCGCUCCGUGGGGCCACUCAGCCGCAAGGGCUUCUACCUGGCCUUCCAGGACAUUGGUGCCUGUGUGGCACUGCUCUCUGUCCGUGUCUACUACAAGAAAUGCCCUGAACUGCUGCAGGGCCUGGCUCAGUUCCCUGAGACCAUCGCCGGCUCUGAUGCACCCUCCCUGGCCACCGUGGCUGGUACCUGCGUGGACCACGCUGUGGUGCCACCAGGGGGUGAAGAACCCCGUAUGCACUGUGCGGUAGACGGCGAGUGGCUGGUGCCCAUUGGGCAGUGCCUGUGCCAGGCAGGCUACGAGAAGGUGGAGGACACCUGCCAGGCCUGCUCACCUGGAUUCUUCAAGUCUGAGGUAUCCGAGAGCCCCUGCUUGGAGUGCCCUGUGCACACGCUGCCGUCCCCCGAGGGUGCCACCAACUGCGAGUGUGAGGAAGGCUACUUCCGGGCCCCUCAGGACCCGCUGUCGAUGCCCUGCACACGCCCACCCUCUGCCCCACACUACCUCACGGCUGUGGGCAUGGGCGCCAAAGUGGAGCUGCGCUGGACGCCCCCCCAGGACAGCGGGGGCCGCGAAGACAUCGUCUACAGUGUCACCUGCGAACAGUGCUGGCCCGAGUCCGGCGAGUGCGGGCCCUGUGAGGAGAGCGUGCGCUACUCGGAGCCACCGCACGCGCUGACCCGUACCAGCGUGAUGGUCAGUGACCUGGAGCCCCACAUGAACUACACCUUUGCCGUGGAGGCCCGCAAUGGCGUCUCGGGCCUGGUGACCAGCCGCAGCUUCCGCACCGCCAGUGUCAGCAUCAACCAGACAGAGCCCCCCAAGGUGAGGCUGGAGGGCCGCAGCACCACCUCGCUGAGUGUCUCCUGGAGCAUCCCCCUGCCGCAGCAGAGCCGCGUGUGGAAGUAUGAGGUCACCUACCGCAAGAAGGGGGACUCCAACAGCUACAACGUGCGGCGCACUGAGGCCUUCUCCGUGACCCUUGACGACCUGGCUCCGGACACCAUCUACCUGGUGCAGGUGCAGGCGCUGACACAGGAGGGCCAGGGGGCCGGCAGCAAGGUGCACGAGUUCCAGACACUGUCUACAGGAGCUGGCAAUAUGGCUAUGAUUGGUGGUGUGGCUGUCUGCGUUGUCUUGCUCCUGGCGCUGGCAGGAAUCGGCUUUUUCAUCCACCGCAGGAGGAAGAACUUACGAGCCCGCCAGUCCCCAGAGGAUGUUUACUUCUCCAAGUCAGAACAACUGAAGCCUCUGAAGACGUACGUGGACCCCCACACAUAUGAGGACCCCAACCAGGCAGUGCUCAAGUUCACUACUGAGAUCCAUCCAUCCUGUGUCACGCGGCAGAAAGUGAUAGGAGCAGGAGAGUUUGGGGAGGUGUACAAGGGGACGCUAAAGGCAUCCUCAGGGAAGAAAGAGGUGCCUGUGGCCAUCAAGACUCUGAAAGCUGGCUACACAGAGAAGCAGCGGGUGGACUUCCUCAGCGAGGCCAGCAUCAUGGGCCAGUUCAGCCACCACAACAUCAUCCGCCUGGAGGGCGUCGUCUCUAAAUACAAGCCCAUGAUGAUCAUCACUGAGUACAUGGAGAACGGGGCCCUGGACAAGUUCCUUCGGGAGAAGGACGGGGAGUUCAGCGUGCUGCAGCUGGUGGGCAUGCUGCGGGGCAUCGCGGCCGGCAUGAAGUACCUGGCCAACAUGAACUACGUGCACCGUGACCUGGCCGCCCGCAACAUCCUUGUCAACAGCAACCUGGUCUGCAAAGUGUCUGACUUUGGCCUGUCCCGUGUGCUGGAGGAUGACCCCGAGGCCACCUACACCACCAGUGGCGGCAAGAUCCCGAUCCGCUGGACAGCCCCAGAGGCCAUUUCCUACCGCAAAUUUACCUCGGCCAGCGACGUGUGGAGCUACGGCAUUGUCAUGUGGGAGGUGAUGACGUACGGCGAGCGGCCCUACUGGGAACUGUCGAACCAUGAGGUGAUGAAAGCCAUCAAUGACGGCUUCCGACUCCCCACGCCCAUGGACUGCCCCUCUGCCAUCUACCAGCUCAUGAUGCAGUGCUGGCAGCAGGAGCGCGCCCGCCGCCCCAAGUUCGCCGACAUUGUCAGCAUCCUCGACAAGCUCAUCCGAGCUCCUGACUCCCUCAAGACCCUGGCUGACUUUGACCCUCGGGUGUCCAUCCGGCUGCCCAGCACCAGCGGCUCGGAGGGGGUGCCCUUCCGCACAGUGUCUGAGUGGCUGGAGUCCAUCAAGAUGCAGCAGUACACAGAGCACUUCAUGGCGGCUGGCUACACCGCCAUCGAGAAGGUGGUGCAGAUGACCAGCGACGACAUCAAGAGGAUCGGGGUGCGGCUGCCUGGCCACCAGAAGCGCAUCGCCUACAGCCUGCUGGGACUCAAGGAUCAGGUGAACACAGUGGGGAUCCCCAUCUGAGACCCGACAAGACCUUGCACCCCUUUGGCCAAGAAUACUUGAAGAAACAGAGUGGCCUCCCUGCCAGCUCUGCGCUGGGGCACUGGGGACCUUAUUUAUUUCCACUCAUUCUCUAUUGAUGCCACCCUGAGACCUCUGCUGGGGGGUCUUGGACGACACCCUGGCCUGAACUGAGGAAAUGCUCAGGGAUCCUGGUCCAGGGCUCUGUUCCCCUACGAAGGACAGAUGGCUAAGCACUUAGCAGGCACCUCCAUGUUCCCAGCAUCCCCUGGGGCAGGAGCCCCGCCAAGCCUUUGGACAUACACGUGGAACAUUUCCAAAGUGACCACCACUUCGCCUUUUCCUACAAGAGGCCAUCUUGGGCGAAGGGGGUCAGCCCAUGGCCGCAUGAACAGGGUACCUCAAGCCCCACACCCUCACUAGAAGAGGGCAGACAGUGAACUUGGCUGGGUGAGACCCAAAGUGGCCCUGUCCCUCUGAUGCUUUUCUCAGACCCCCCAGGACCUGUCCUCGGCCCUACUAGGCCAAACUUCCUGGGGCCCUCACAGGAUGCUUGGUUGUGUUGAGGCAUUUUUAAAUAUAUAUUUUGUACUUUGUGGAGAGAAUGUGUGUGUGGCAGGGGGACCCCGCCAGGGCUGGGGGCAGAGGCCUGCGUCAGACAUUCCCGGGCUGGGGGCCGGUGCUGCAGGAGGUUCCCGCCCAUUCCCCGGUCCUCCCCACCUCUCACCUCUUUAGACAUUUACUACUCUGUCAGUGUUAAUGAUUUGUUUUGUUGGGUAUUUUUUUUGAAACUUAAUUUAUUAUUAUUUUUUAUAUUUAUUGUUAGAA